AUGUCCCGCUGGGGUAUGUUUUCAAAUACUGUUCGCCAGUUGGCGCGUGGCACGGCGGACGUAAUUCGCUUUCGUUUCUUUUCACCUAUCUCUUUCCACCUUUCUCUUUCCACUUCUCUCUUUCCACCUCUCACUUAUCACGUCUCUCUUUCCACCUCUCUAUUAUCAUAUCUUUCUCUCCUCCUCUCUCUUUCCACAACUCUCUUUCCACCUCUCUUUAUCUACCUUCCUCUUUCCACCACUCUCUUUCCACCUCUCUCUUUCCACCUCUCUCUUUCCACCUUUCUCUUUCCACCUCUCUCUCUUUCCACCUCUCUCUUUCCACUUCUCUCUGAUUGCAUCAUCUCCCUUUCCACACUUAUCUAUCUAUCUAUCUAUCUAUCUAUCUAUCUAUCUAUCUAUCUAUCUAUAUAUACAUACAGGUUUUUCAUAUCUAUCUAUCUAUCUAUCUAUCUAUCUAUCUAUCUAUCUCAAGCUAUUCAUAUAUAUCUCAGUCUAUGCAUAUCUAUCUAUCUAUCUAUCUAUCUAUCUAUCUAUCUAUCUAUCUAUCUAUCUCUCUAUCUAUCUAUCUAUCUAUCUAUCUAUCUAUCUAUCUAUAUACACAUCCAUUCUUUCUUUCUUUCUUCCUUUCUUUCUUUCUUUCUUUCUUUGUCUAUAUUAGUUCCUUCUUUACAUGUAUUCUUUCUUUAUUUCUAUUCUUUCUUUCUUUAUUUACUUAUAUCCUUUCUUACUUUACCUUUAUUCUUUCUUUCUUUCUUUCUGUUCAUUAUUUCUUUCUCCGCCUAUAUUCUUUGUUUCUUUCUUUCUUCAACUAUAUUCUUUCUUUACCUAUAUUCUUUCUGUUUUUCAUUCUCCGCCUUUAUUCUUCCUUUCUUUCUUUCUCCGUCUUUAUUCUUUCUUUCUCCGCCUUUAUUCUUUCUUUCUUUCUUUCUUUCUUUCUUUCUUUCUUUCUUUCUUUCUUUCUUUCUAGUUCAUUCACUAAAUUUACGUACUACAACUUGCACAAGUUCCUUCUCUCUAUUUCACCGCUGA